AUGGGAUUGCAUCCUAGCCACCAACUCCUCCUACAAAUCCAGCGCCAUGAUCCCCGCCGUCCCCUCAGCGGACCAGCCUCGAGUGUUGACCCAGCCAAACGCGUCGUCGAGCUCAUGACCUGUGGCGUCACCGCCCCGGCAAUCUUCCCAUUCCUCCACGCCGAACUGUCGAGGAUAAAAAUGAAAUCUGGGCGGCUUAAACGCGAAUGCCUCACCGUCUUCUCCGAAGGCGUCGGCUCCCCAUCAGACAUCGACGGGGUGUGGACGCAUAUGUUCGGCAGCUCCGACGGCCCCUGCAAACUAAUGGAUCAAGUCGGCCUCGACACCAUCGCGCAUAUCGAGGGGCACUAUGUUGAGGAACGCGGCUUCAACCCUAGUGCCCGCGAUUUCGUGGUGCACGAGUACGUCAACAAGGGGAAACUAGGCAAGAAAUCUCCAUCCGGUGGCUUAUACCCCUCACAACCGGAUCCAGUCCCGGCUCAAACGCUAUACAUCCUCGAUCUCGGCCUAACUAACCUCGCUGCGCCUAUGAGCUCGGGGCGCGUCUUGAAGGGGUCUGUUGAUGGGAAAUCCCCCCUGGUGACAUUGGCGGGGUCGGAGGCGCAGCCGGAUGGGAUGACGACGCUGGGGAAUCGCAUAUACUGGACCUCCAUGGGCCCGCCCUCCACCAACACCGGUUCGAUCCGCUCCAGCACCCCCCGCGGCGAGGAUGUGACGACAAUCCUCCCCGCCGGCGAGGUGCACACACCCAAACAAAUUACAGCGGAUAUGACGAAUGGGUAUUUAUACGUUUCUGAUCGCGAGGGGAUGCGUGUUCUGCGGUUUAGACCUGAUGGGUCGGAUUUGACGACUUUGGUUAAGACCACAAGGCUGAUCGCUGUGGACCCUGUUCAUCGGGUGGUGUAUUGGAGUCAAAAGGGCCCAAGUAAGGGAGGCCAGGGGAGGAUCAUGCGCGCGAGUCUAGACAUCCCGAGGGGCGAAACGACGGAGACGCGGACAGAUAUUGAGGUCCUCUUCUCUGGACUCCCCGAGCCAACAGAUCUAUGCGCAAGUGUGGCGAGAGAUGCCAAGAAAGGGGCGGGGGAGACGGAGUUGGAGCGGAAGUUGGGGUAUCAAAUAAUCCUCGGAGGACUGCAUGAGGCGAUGGGUUACAACUCGAAGUCGCCAACGGAUUCAUCUACGCCUCUGACCUUGGGGGCACUGCCCGUCCGUUCGUCGCUCCGCGUAUCUCCCCUUUCUUCCUCCCACCUCUUCAUCGAGCUGCGUGAUAUGACGGCCUUUCGCAACCUCAAACCCAACCUCGGCCCUACCCCAGUCAGGACCCCGUCAGGACCGCUAUCCUAUACGCGCCCACCCCCCCCCCACAAUUUUUCACGAUGCACACUCAGCACCCGCACCCGCACCCCAGCGGUGCCGUACGAUCAAGGCCCUUAA